AAGAAAGAAGAGAUAUCUCUCCACAUAUCCCACAUCUCCAUCUCUUCUCCUCUCAUCUCACUUUCCUCUCACAGUUUCAUGGCCAUCUUCUCACAUUCUAGCUCUAGCUAGGUUUUCAAUCUUAUUUUCUUCCCUAUUGGUUUUUUUUUCCUCCUAUAUUUCUUUGUGUGGUUGAGAGAGCCCAUAUUAUCAUUUCUUCAUCUCCUUUUUUCCUUUGCUUCUUCAUGGGUUGAGAGAGAGCAAGUGGUCUGGUCUAGCUAGUUCUAUUCUGGGUUUGUUUUCUCAGUUCUAGAGCUUCCAUCCAUCCCUCCCUCUCUCUUUCUCUAUCUUCUUUUUUAAAAGAAAAGUUCUUUUCUUUCUCCACCCUUUCUUGUUUGCUUUGAAACUGAACCAAAUCCAAACCCAAAAGAGUUCCAAACCUUGUCUGUUCUUGGUGGAGUCCAAACAAAGCAGAACAAACCAGAGGGAGAGAGAGUAGUAAGUGAGUGAGUGAGAGCAAAAACACAGAUCCAAAUGGAAAAAAAUUAUAUGACAAGGAAUAGUCCAUAGAAGCUUUCCAGUUUCCACCCUCUUCCUCUCUUCCUUGUUUUCAAGCUAAAACCAAACAAAAAGCUUGAGGAGAAAACAAGGAACCCAAAAUCAUCACAUCAGUCCACUACUCUUCACCACCACCACCACCAUUAUUAUAAUAUUCACAGCCAUAUAUGUAUAUAUACUCAUCCCUUCCUCCUUCUGACCCUUUCUUCCCCCUCCUCUUCUCCUGCCUUUAGAUCCUUCACUUUUUGCACAACCCAAAAGCAAAGUUCAAAUCUUUAUCCCUCCCUUUCCCUUACUGUAUCAUGAUGAUGAUGAAAAGCUUCAUGUUUCAGCAGCAGCAGCAACAACAAGAUCAAGAAAACAUGUCCAACCUCACAACUUCAGCUUCAGGAGAAGCAAGUGUCUCCUCCUCUGGUGGUAGAGUGGAUCAAAACAAUUACCACCCACCUCCAGAAAUCCCACCAUCCAAUCAGCCACCUCCCAAGAAGAAGAGAAACAUGCCAGGCAACCCAGACCCAGAUUCCGAAGUGAUAUCUCUGUCCCCCAAGACCUUGAUGGCAACGAACCGGUUCCUAUGCGAGAUCUGCAACAAAGGGUUUCAGAGGGACCAGAAUUUGCAGCUCCACAGGCGAGGCCACAACCUGCCUUGGAAGCUGAAGCAGAGGCCCAAGAAUGAGGUCGUGAAGAAGAAAGUGUACGUGUGCCCCGAGCCGAGCUGCGUCCACCACGACCCCUCGAGGGCGCUGGGGGAUCUGACGGGGAUCAAGAAGCAUUUCAGCAGGAAGCACGGCGAGAAGAAGUGGAAGUGCGAUAAGUGCUCGAAGAAGUACGCGGUUCAGUCGGAUUGGAAGGCUCAUUCCAAGACCUGUGGCACUAGGGAGUACCGAUGUGACUGUGGCACCCUCUUCUCAAGGAGGGACAGUUUCAUAACCCACAGAGCAUUCUGUGAUGCAUUAGCAGAAGAAAGUGCAAGAGCCAUCCCUACCGCUACAGACCCACAAAUGAUUCUUCCUUCCACACCUUCUUCUUCUUCCCAUCUCCAAACAAUCCCACAAUUCAACAACCAAGGAACCAACAACAACAACAACAAUUUCCUCCAUUACCCAUUUUCCUCCUCCUCCUCCCAGUCACUGAAAAAGGAGGAUGGCAGCGGCAGCAAUAAUAACAAUCAUCACAUGAUGGACAAUAAUGGUAAUUUCGGCCUCCUGCUCAACAAUGGCAAUGGCAGCAACAGCGGUAGCAGAGAGCUGCCACCAUGGCUAGCCAGCUGCCCGCCUGCAGGCCUACGAGGAGUAGGCCCGGGCCCACUCCACCCUCAUCAUCAUCAUAACCUCUCAUCAUCUUCUCCCUCCUCAUCAUCCAUUUUGUCCAGUAAUCCAGCAAACCCUAGCCAGCUGGGCCCGGCCUUACCCAACUUCCACCCCGCGUCCGGCCCACACAUGUCAGCCACCGCGCUGCUCCAGAAGGCCGCCCAGAUGGGCGCUACCACCGCCACCACGCCCGGUUCCAAACCGGCCGGCCUGAUGCUGGCCGGUCCGACCUACCCAGACCGCUACGUGCCCAACAACAACAAUGCCGGGUUUGGUUUCGCGUCGUCCGUGUCACGUGACGACGUGGGGACCACCAACAACAAUGCAGGCGGUGGCGGUGGAGGAGGAGGAGGAGGAGGGUUGUUUCAGGAGAUGAUGAACUACUCGUUGUCGGCGGCGGCGGCGGGUGGGGCGGGGUUUGACGACGACGGGGCGAUGGCUUCGUUCGAGGAUGCGUUUGGCGGUGGUGGCGGAGGGAAGGCGGCGGCGGCGGCGGGUGGUGAUGGCGGAGGAGGAGGAGGAAAUAAUGAGGAAGGUGGGAUGACGAGGGAUUUCUUGGGGCUGAGGCCAUUGACGCACAGUGAUUUGCUGAGCUUGGCUGGUUUUGGAAACUGCAUGAACAACGAUAAUGCUGCUGAGCAGCAACAGCAGCUGCAGCAGCAGAGACAUAGUAGCAGCAGUAGUACUCAUCAUAGUCACGAGUCUCAAAAACAACCUUGGCAAGGUAAUUAAUUCUACCAAUAGAGGAAUAUAUUCCCCCUCGUCUUUUUUUUUUUUUUACUGUAUUUUUUUUUUUACCCUUCUGCCUU